CCGGUACCAAACAGCUACGCGCGUAGGUUUAAUAUUGCUGUAGCAUUAGAUACAAACGAAUGUUUCUUUAACAGCGUAAUAGCACUUUACGCUUAUUUAUUUUAUUUUAUUUAUACAAGAACACAUUUCAUUAAUGAAAUAACUCUUUUAAAGUGUCUUAAUGGGGGUGUUAUAGUCUAAUCAGCUAAUUAUUAACGUUAGUCCGGGUCUGUUGUUAGCAACAGGUUGUUAGCGUAGCAGUGAUGAUGCAGUGAGCUCCAGGCUCCAGGCUGUGAUCAUGCAGACUCUACAGAUCUCUAAUAAAGAAGACGGAAAGCUGUGGCACCGAAAACCAGUGCCUUCAAAUAAUGGGAUCCUGCUGACGAUAACUCGCAGCGCAGCUGGCUACCAAAGUAAGACCGUUCGCUUCCUCCAGGUGGCGUUUGACACUACUGGAGAGGCGUUUCUUGCCGGUGAUCACCAUGGGAAUAUUUACGUGUUUGAUAUCAGCAGAAACAAAUUCAAGCUGGUACAGAAAACAGGACAAGCAUGUACAGCGCUAGCUUUCAGCCUGCGCAGAACAACAGAGUAUCUGGUUGCUCUUUCUGAUUAUUCCAUCAAGUGCUUCGAUAAAGAGACCAAACAGUUGGUGAGCUGGAUGAGGGGUCAUGAGGGAGCCGUGUCUUCUCUGUCGGUCCAUGGAUCAGGGCGUUAUGCCAUCAGCACCUCCUCGGACACGGCUCAGCUCUGGGACUUGGACACAUUUCAGAGGAAGAGGAAACUCAAUGUGCGCCAGUCUGUGGGAAUACAAAAGGUGUUUUUUCUCCCACUGGGUAACACCAUUCUGAGCUGUUUUACCGAUGACUCCAUCUUUGCUUGGGAAAGUGACACGCUGUUUUGCAAAUAUCAGCUACCACUUCCACAGGAUGGACCCCGGAUACACUACAAGGCGUUUGCUGUCACACAAGAUGGAAAGACGCUGGCUGCAGCUGGCCGCUCGAACCUUAUUCAUUUAUGGAGUUUGGACAGUAAAGAGCUCUUGAGAAUAAUACAGAUGCCACAAGAAGUGCGGACUGUGAGGCACCUCGAUUUCCUGCCUGACAGUUUUGAUGGAGGAUCCAGCCAGAUCCUGGGUGUUUUGAGCCAGGAUGGUCUCAUGCGUUUUAUCAACAUUCAGACGUGCAAGCAGCUCUUUGAGAUCGGAUCUCAUGACGAUGCAAUUACCUCUGCUGCUGUUUGUCCUAAAGGCCGCAGCAUCGUAGCAGUGAUGGACGAUGGUGCUCUGAGAGUGUACAAAGUGCAGGCUCUUACUCAAGAAAUCAACAAGCCUCCUCAGUCCCUGGUGAAAAUGGUAACUGCAGGAAAGAAAGCUAACACGUCCCGCUUAAAGAUGAAGGUUCACGCUGGAGCUGUACUGCGUCCAGCUAAAACAUCUGCUCGCAAACUGCACACCAAAACUAUGUGGCCACCAGAUGUUUCCACACUGGAGAACAAAGAGAAUGACUUACCUGGUGGCCUUAAUAAGAAACGACUUCAGGCAUUGCUCAGAACAUUUGGAGAGUAUCCAGCGAAAUACAGGAUGUUUAUUUGGCGCUCUCUGCUGCAGCUUCCAGAGAAUCAUGCUGUGUUCAGCAGUCUAACAGAUAAAGGCCUGCACUCUGCUUAUGUGUGUCUGCAUGAGCGCUACCCAAUCAAGAGCCACAAACUGCAGAGAGGACUGCAGAGGGUCCUGUCCGCUCUGGCACACUGGUCAGCCAUCUUCGGAGAAGCAGAGUAUCUCCCGCUGCUGGCGUUUCCGUUUGUCAAACUCUUUCAGAACAAUCCUCUCAUCUGCUUUGAAGUUGUGGCUACUGUCAUCUUGAACUGGUGCCAGCACUGGUUCGAGUACUUCCCCAACCCCCCGCUGAACAUUCUGAGCAUGGUGGAGAACGUACUGGCUCACCACGAUAAAGAGCUCCUGCGCCAUUUUGUCAACUGUGGUGUCACUUCCCAGCUGUAUGUAUGGCCUCUGCUAGAAACCCUGUUCUCUGAGGUGCUGACCAGAGACGAAUGGUUGAAGCUGUUUGAUAACGUCUUCUCCAAUCAUCCUUCCUUCCUCCUGAUGGCCGUGGUGGCCUACGUGACCUGCUGCAGAGCGCCGCUUCUUCUCUGCACUCACAAAGAUGACUUUGAGUACUUUUUUCAUCAUCGGAACAAUGUGGACAUGAGCGCUAUGCUAAAGGAGGCAUAUCGGUUGAUGGAGCUGACCCCAGCAGACCUGCACCCGAGCUCCAUGCUGAAUGACUUUGAGCCCCUGACGCCCGGUCAGUAUCCAAUCUUUAACAAGUAUCCCACGUUCAUAGUGGAGUACCAGUGCCAGGAGAGAGAGCGAAUCCGCCAGCAAGAAGUGGAGUAUCUCAGAGAGAGACAGGCGCUUCAGGAGCUGCGUGCUGAGGCAGUGAGACAGCAGGCUGAGGAUGAAGCCUGGUACACACAGCAGGAGCUGCUCCAGCAAGCCGAGGACCAACGCCGAAGAAUCCUGCAAGAGGAAGAGAGCAAACUGGCCGAUCAGAGAACCAGGUUGGCUGCUAUGAAACGAGAGUUAAAGGUGAAAGAGCUCACGCUGGUCAAUGCUGCCAGGAUGCGUUUCCUGAAGCACCAGCAAAAUCAGCGCAAGAUGGAGCUCAGAAGACUGGACGAUGAAAUCCAGAGAAAGAUGGCAUUACGAGAGCAGGAAACUGCUGUCGCUGUGCAGGAUAUGGAAGUAAGGCAGAUGGAGCUGGAUGCACAGAGAAGAUUGUUUGAGCAGCAAUUGGCCAAAGAACAUGAGCGUGUGAGCAAAGAAGUGAGAGCAGAAGUGGAUGCCCAGCGCCGAAGAGCUGAGAUUGAAGAUACGGCCUUUCAUAACCUCCUUCAGACAGACGGUGAUCUCAGUCAGGACACCAGAAGGGUGCUGGAGGAGUCUCUGGCAGAGGCGGGGCAGCUGGAUGCAGAUACUGAAUGGCAAACUGAAGUGAUCAGGCGGUUAAAGAGGGCAGAGGAGGAGCAGGAGAUGCAGAGACGGCAGCUGGCCAGACUCAGCCAUGAAACCCACGCCAAGGAGGAGCAGCUUGUUCAGAUGAUGAUGGAAGUGGAGGGCAAACAUUGGAAUGAUGUGGUAGCUAAGCAGGCCAUGCUGGACGAGGAAAGGCAGGGAACAGCUACGGCAGAUGCCCAGCAGAAGCUCCUCUCCCAGCAUAGAGACGAGAUCACACAGCACCAGAACACACACAGGAGGAGUCAAGAAGACACCUUGAAUCUGCAGAGGGAAAGGAGGCUCCACUCUCCCCGCUCUACACGAGGACUUUUACAAAAGCCAAGCAGCCCACAGGCUGAUACCAACACUGUCUGUCUGAACAACCAGUCUCCUUCAGAUAACUCCACAUGCUUUUCUCUGGAACGUGGUCGAGGUAGGCUGGACCAUGAGGAGAGGGAGUUGCUGCAAGAGGUUAGAGAGCUCCGCAAGAAGCUGGCAGCCAGAGCCAGAGCCGCAGACUACACCUUCUACUCAACCAGUUCACAUCACUCACAGUGACCAGGCCAGCAGCAGCACCAGGCUAGUGACCUGACAGAAAUACAUGAAGACAUGGAGGGAAUUUAUCCAGAUCUCUUGUUUAAUUGUCUCUUGUGAAUUAAGCCCAGUUCUAUACAGUGUAUUUCAUAUGACACCAUUUCCUCAGAUUUUCAUUAAACAGUGAAAGACUUUAAAGUACUAUCAAUUUUAGCACAGAGUCUUUGAAUGGAGUGUGUUAUUUUAUUAUAAAUUAUUUUUGGAUACAAUUUUGUCCAUGUUGGACAAUCUGUAGAUUUGUUUAAGUGGUAAAAAGUCAACCUUUUCCUAGCUGUGAUGAGGAAACUGUAUAAUGUGGAAUAAAGGCAUUUGCUGCCUCUUUUUACUUUAUACACGAUUUUUUUAAUUUUCUGUAGGAUACAAAGGCUUUGCUUUUGCAAAUAUACUGUUUCACUACGAUCACACUACAUCUGUCUGUACUUGAUGUCACAAUUUCUGUCAAGUUUCUCUCACUUUUUCACUGUAUGAGCAUUCUUACUUAUAUCUGUUAAGGAAUGCUGGUCAUUGUUUUCAUGCUGAAACAACUCCCACUUUCAACCAUGAUUUCUAUCCAAAUUUUGAGGGUUUUAAAUACGGAACACUAAACAGAGUAAUUCUGACAGGUGACCUGUUCUAGCUCCGGUCUGUUUGGUGCUUAAUUGUGGAGUGCAUGUCUGCUGAUUUAACUUCCUGACCUCCUCAUACUGUGUAUGAAACAUACAUAAUUCAGAACACUGAGGGACUGCAUUUAAUAUCUGAAGGACUAAUGUAUUGUGCGGUAUAAUAAAGGGAAGACUUUUACCCCUGCAUUUUUCCUUAUCUACUCACUUGCUCUAAGUGGCUGCAAAUUAUUUCUACGUAUUUCUUCAUUUCAGUUUUUUUAACAAAUCUAGCCAAUUAAGUUUAUUUAACUUUAUAAAAAGUGCUGCAAAUGAACAAUAUCCUAAUGUUCAGAGUCAGUAACUGAUGAGUGUAAUUGUUUGUGAAAUUUUCUAAAUCAGUCAAUCACAGGGCAGCAGUACGAUGAAUAAACUCAUGCAGAUACAGACUAGAAGCUUCAGGUAAUGUUCACCUCAACCAUCAGAAUGAGGAGAAAACUCAUUUAGACUGUGGCAGACUUGUCUGUGCCAGAAGGACUGUUUUUCUGUAACUCCUGGGAUUUUCACAUACAACCGCCUCAUGAGUUUACACAGAUAACAUCAGGUCGAAGUGAAAUGGACUUUUUUAAAAACUGUUAGACUAACAAACUGCACUGACAUCAGUUUACAGUGAGCUACUCCAAGUUCAGAAUAAAGAUGCAUUUAUUUUGUUGUAAAAUAAAAGUAAUUUCAAUUCAAAAUCACAUGA